AUGGAGUGCAGUGCUCUAGCUGAAAGUGUGUCUUUAUGGAAUCGGCAAAGGGUGGAGGAAGAACUGGUUCUAGGGCUAGAACUCGCGAGCCAACUUAGGAGGGUUCUUUCUAAUGGGGAUUGGAGAUCGGCCGAAGGCCUCGUUACAAAGAUCUUGUGCUCCUUCAAGAACAGCCUUUACUUCUUGAAUGGAAGUAAUCAUGGGUCUGAGGAGGAGCUGAGUUCUCAUAUUCGAGCAAAUGAUAUUGCUUUAGCUAGCGCUCUUCCUCCUCAAAUUCUAGAAUCGUCAUCUUCGGAUGCUCAUAAGGCUGUUAAGAGAGGUGCUGCGUUCAUGGAUCACAGAGGUUCUUUCAAGAGGAGAAAGAAGAUGACUUCAUCACAAGCAUGGUCAAGAGACGGUCCAGAUUUCAAUGACGAUGGUCAUGCAUGGAGAAAGUACGGACAGAAACAGAUCCAGAAUGCUAUCCACCCAAGGAGCUACUUUAGGUGCAGUCAUAAGCACGAUCAAGGCUGCAGCGCAACCAAGCAGGUGCAAAAACUCGACGAUGAUUCGCAGCUGUUCCGGACUACAUACUAUGGAAAUCACACAUGCACUAACAACAGCUUCCUCAAGGCUCCUGAAUUUGUCUUGGAUGCUACAAGCACUACUCCAACAGAAGUGUCUGAUUCCAAGUUUACGAUCAUAUAUGAUAACUCAAGCAGCAGCGUCACAAACAAUCAAGAACAGCCUUGGUUCUCAUCCACCCAAAACGAGCUCAUCAUCAAGUCUAGUCAUACUACUGGCAACCAGUCAUCAUUAUUAUCAUCUAGCGGUUAUCUUGUGUCACCUGAUACGGUGGUGUUCGAGCCCUCUGAACCCAUCAGUGGUGGCAUACCAGAGAUUGAGCUUGAUCUUGAGGAUAUGUUACUUGGGGCAGAGAUAGGACACUUAUUCGAAGAACUUUUGCCCUAUGAACUUUGGUGA